UCGAGUCAGUGAUCGCUGAACAGCGAUCCAAGUCAGUUCCAGUGUAGAUCUCAGCAUGCCUGGCGAAAUAGUUUUCCUUCUCUGCCUGAUUCCAAUGGCCGCGGCAGGCACAACGGCGCCAUCGCUGAGUGCCAGUCCGAUUGUGUUUGCCCGAAACCUGUUCCGUGCCCUCAACGAGGAGUCGCCCAAGGUCAACAUGGUCAUCUCACCUGCGGCUGCGCGUAGUGCCUUGACGCUGGUCUUCAUGGGAGCCGGCGGGAAGAGCGCGGAAGAGCUGCGCUCCGUGCUGAUGCUGGGAGCGGCCGGGAAGAACGAGAUUGCCAUGCAGCACGCAGAAUUCUGGAGCAAGGAGUGCACCUGCUCGGAGAAGGGCGCCGCCCUGCGCCUGGUCACGCGGCUGUAUGUGAACGAUGAUGUACCGCUGCGUCCGGACUUUAACCUCAAAGCGGUGGAGUUCUUCAAUGCCCAGGCGGAUGCCCUGAACUACUCGGACCCGAAUGCGUCCAUGCGGCAGGUGAACAAGUGGCUGGAGCUGCAAACCUUUCACACCGUGCGCAAUCUCCUCACCCCGGCCACCUUCAACCCAGAGUUGAGUGUGAUCCUCGUGAACUCCAUAUACUUUCGGGCCAAGUGGGCCAAACGCUUCUCCGUGGAUCGCACUGCCCCCGAGGACUUCUGGAUCAGCGCCACACAGCGCAUGGAGCUGGCAAUGAUGCGACAGAUUGGCCAGUUCCGCUAUGCACAGUCCAAGAAGCUUCAGUCCGACAUUCUCCACCUGCCAUUCGAGGACUCUGACAUCAGCAUGAUGCUGAUCGUGCCCAAAGAAGUGGAUGGACUGCCGGCACUAGAGGAGAAACUGGCACAGCUCGACAUGAACGAGGUGGCCAGCAAGGGGCUGCAGCACGAGGUGGAAGUGACCAUGCCCCUGUUCAAAAUUGAGUGCGACAUCGAUCUGAAGGUGCCCAUGCAGAAGUUGGGCUUAGAGCGGAUAUUUAAGCCUGGCCAGGCGGAUCUGAGUGGUCUGUUUGCCAAGAAGUCGCCCCAACUGAUCUCCGAGGCCAGGCACAAGCUCUAUCUGCAAGUGACGGAGUCUGGCUGUGAGACGGAUCCCGAUACACCUGCUCGUGCUGCUGCCUUUAUGCAGAAUCCCGAACGCAAGAUCUUCAAGGCCGAUCGCCCCUUCGUCUUUGCCAUUCGCAACAACAGAACCGUCUACUUCGUGGGCCAUUUUCUAAAGCCCUAGGUGAUGGGCAGUCGCAGGCACUUGCAGGCAACUGGCAAUAUCCCAAUCAACAUCAAAUUAUUGGCAAACAAAUGUAAAGAA